AUGCCAAGGAACUGGACUAGAAAGACCUCUAAAGCGGGUUGGACUGUAAGCGACUUGCAGGCAGCUGCUGUACGCAUUAGACAAGGCGUGUCAAUGCACAAAGUUGCCGAGAAAAAUGGUAUUCGUUUCAGCACAUUACAAAGAGGGAUAAAGAAAUAUGAAUUUAAACUUCCAAAAUUAGGAAGAAGCAACAGCAUCAACAAGCAGUUAGUCGUUAUAGGACCCCAACCUUCCACAAGUGAUGAUAUUACAAAUUAUAAACCAAAUGAUAGUAUAAAUCAAGAGAACAAUGAAUCCUACAGUGAACCUCUAGCUAGCAAACUUUCACAACUAACACCUCUGCCUUGCAUUGGAAAAGGUAAAUGCAAAGGAAAAAGAACACGACAAUCAGGAAUUCUUACUGCCACACCUUUGAUAACAGUUUUUAAAGAAAAAGCUAAGAAACGAAAGAAAAAAGAAAAGCAUACAAGAGGCAAAGUCAUUAAGAAGAUAAAAGAAGUAAAAAAGAACUUAUUUAAGUAUUAUUUCGGCUGA